CUAGUCUCUUAUCUGUAUCUACUCUCACUCUCACUCCCUCACGCAGCCAGCCCAGCCUCUCUCUCUCUCUCUCAGCAGGCGCAGCCAGCCCCUGUUUCGUUGUCUCUAUCUCUCAUCUCAUUCUCACAAGUCCGUUUAGCCAGCCAGCCUCUCUCUCUCUCUCUCUAUAUAUAUAUAUGUGUCGUCUCUCCCAACUCCCAAGCCCAACCAGCACCAAAGCACCCACAAAUCCAAGCCCAACAACCUCUCGCAUCACUCAUCCCUCUCGGCUCUCUCCCUCAGACUCUGAUUAGCAUCAAAGCACCCACUAGCAGGUCUCCUCCACUGGUAUCUCGGCAACUUGCACUCUGAAAUAGGUUACAUUUUUGUUUCUUAUUUGGGCAGGUUACAAUUCGAAUUUUGCUGCCCACUGGGGUCAGUUGAAAUAUGCUAUAACCCGACUAAACUGAUCGAUGUACAGCCUAAUUGGUCCUCCAUUUUUGUAUUUAUUUUCUAGAAAAGUUUAAAUUAUCCUAUAAACAAAAUUAGAAGACAAAUGAGGGAAUUGUAGCAGUACUAGUAUUGGAGUUCGAGUUUUGAGAGGGGAAACCCCCAACUCUGUCUUUUUUGUCUCUCUUCAAGGAACUUUCUCUCUAUAAAAUGGAGAACAAGGAUGAACUGGGUUCUUCUCCAAUUGGGUCGAGGCAAUCAGAUUUGAAGAAGUCAUUCAAGCUCGCUAUAGGUUCCUUGCUCACUGCCUGUUCUAAGCAGGAUAUAUGCAAGGCAUUUCCAAGUUUUCCUGCUAUUGAGCAAGAUUAUCUCCAUCGUCUCUUUAUUCAGGUCGUGGCUUCUUUGCAUGGAAAUAUGGAGGAGGAAUUUGAAUCACUGUGUUUUGAAAGUCAGGUGGGAACUGCUCUUGAUACGGUGGAGCAAUUUUUGGAAGAACAAGCCCUUGACCCUUUGCAUUCAGAUAAGACUAAUGUAGUGGAUGUUGCUCAGAAUGUAUUGACAUUGAAGAAAAAUGAAAUCCAGCACUUGGAAAACAUGCUGCAAAAGGCGGAGGAACAAAAUCACCUCAUUCGAGCUCAAAUUGAAGAUUUAAAGGAAAAAGAGGCGGAUGUGUCAGUCAUGGCCGAUGCUGUUGAGAAGUUGAGACGAGGGAGUUUAAAUUAUGGGCUACCUGGCGGCAAUGACAUAAACAACAACCCAUAAUUUUUGUAAGUGAAUAAAUUUCAAAAAUAUAAUGUGUACAAAUUAUGUUAUGAUUGACGAUGAAUCUAUGUGUGCUUUUACAUGUAUAUUACAAAGUUUACCAUUAAUAUCAAUUGACAUCCUCAACUUUUCAUCUU